GACUUCCCGAUGCUAUAUAUGUUAAGUCGUUGCGCGUUCCGUGGUACUCUGGCUCUCCUCUUCUAGCUUACAAUCGCGUGUCGAGUGUGUUCACAAUGGCAAGGGCUCUCGCCUCCGCCUCCGGGGACGCGGCCGCAGCUGCGGGCUUCGUGCAGCCGUGGCUCGCGGUGCUCGGCGCGGCCCUGCUCUCCGUCUGGGCCGUCACGCUCGCCGUCCUCCUCUGCGGCGACGGCUCGGGGGGCAAGCGCAGGCCCAGGUACAGCACCGCUGCUGGCGCGGGAGCAGGGGCAGCUAGCGGCGGCGGCGCCGGCUGUGGUGCCAGCGGCGGCGGAGGGGGCUGCGGUGGCGGAGGCGGAGGCGGCUGUGGCGGCGGCGGGGGCGGAGGCGGCGGGGGCGGAGGCGGCGGUUGCUAGAGGUGGCCGCGCGUCGAAUGCUUCAGCUACAUGCAGGUGCAGCUCAGGAAGCCUGAAGAGCAGGACAGGGCAUGUGAUCGAAUACUGCGCGCCUGUGUCAUAUAUGUAGAUAUAUCAUAUAAUAUGUAUAUUAUGGGUGUGCUUAUUGCUGUUGCAGUGUUGCUUGAUCCCAAGCUAUCUGGUGCCAUUAGCUUGAUGUAAUAAUAUGAACUAUGAGUUCAUAAUCUCAUUAUAUCAAUUUAAUUGACUUGUCCCAACA